AAACGAAAAACAGCAGAAAAAGCAAAAGCACUUCGAGUACUCCACACCACACCAGUCCAGCUGUCCGCCCCCGCCACUUCGAGUUCGGUUGGAGGCUUGGAGGCUUGGGCAAAACCCUCCUCGUCGUCGCGCGCUCCGCCUGCACCACCCGCCGCCGAAGAGCUCUCUUUCAAAAACUAGCAAAGAUGGUACAAUGUACUCAACCUCCUCCCCAGUUAAAGCUCCCAGAGAGUAAGAUCACAGAACCGACAGAUGAUGAGAACCAAGAUUUGCCACCAAAACCUGAGAAAAGGACUAGGAUGCACCACAUUGAGAGGCACAGAUCUUGUGUUGUGACCUUAUCUGACAUAGAACUUAAUGGUCUGCAACCUCGUCAUCUGCACCAACCCAUUGAGAUCAGCCCAGGAGGAUCACAGUGUUCGCUCCAUGAAGAAACACCUACAGAUACUAAUGCAUCACACAGGCAUGCAAUUGCAGAUGCUGCUUGGGAAGCCCUCAAAAGGUCAAUGGUUUACUUCAGAGGCCAACCAAUUGGAACUGUUGCCGCAAUAGACAAGUCUCAGGGGGCAGCACUGAACUAUGACCAGGUUUUCAUGAGGGAUUUCAUUCCUAGCGCAUUGGCUUUUCUUAUGAAAGGAGAGCACUUGAUUGUGAAGAACUUUCUGGUAGAAACUGCACGCCUUCAGUCAAGGGAGAAGAUGGUUGACCUUUUCAAGCUUGGUCAGGGUGUGAUGCCUGCAAGCUUUAAGGUGCAUCAUCGCAACCCUACUCAGAAGACAGAAAGCUUACUGGCUGAUUUUGGUGAAACUGCCAUUGGGAGGGUUGCUCCUGUAGAUUCUGGCUUAUGGUGGAUUAUUCUCCUUCGUGCUUACACCAAAUGGACAGGGGACAAUUCUCUGGCUGAAAGUACUAACUGCCAAAGGGCCAUGCACCUUAUUCUCAGGUUGUGUCUCUCAGAGGGGUGUGAUACUUCUCCAGCCUUGCUUUGUGCUGAUGGAUGCUCCAUGAUAGACCGAAGAAUGGGCAUAUAUGGCUACCCAAUUGAAAUCCAGGCUCUCUUUUUCAUGGCUAUGAGAUGCGCCCUGAGUCUGUUGAAACAAGAGUCCGAUGCUGACUUCGUGAACCACAUCACAAAAAGAAUCCAAGCUCUGAGCUACCACUUGCACAGUUACUACUGGUUGGACUUCCAGAGACUUAAUGACAUAUACCGCUACAAGACCGAAGAGUACUCACAGACAGCUCUGAACAAGUUCAACGUGAUGCCCGAAUCGAUACCUGACUGGAUAUUUGACUUCAUGCCUAGCCGUGGUGGGUACUUCAUUGGCAACGUUAGUCCCGCGAGGAUGGAUUUCCGCUGGUUCUGCCUAGGCAACUUCAUCGCGAUUCUGUCGUCGUUGGCUACCGGAGAGCAGGCUGAAGCGAUACUGGAUCUUGUGGAGGAGCGCUGGCAAGAACUCAUCGGUGAGAUGCCGCUCAAGAUCUGUUACCCUGCGAUGGAAAAUCAGGAAUGGCAGAUAGUCACUGGAUGCGACCCGAAGAACACCAGGUGGAGCUAUCACAACGGAGGCUCGUGGCCAGGCUUUUGGAUCUAUGAUGGAAAAAAUCAUUUAUUGCCAUGGAGAGGUCAUUUUUGAUCAGCUCGAAGCAACUCUUGUAGAACAGCCCAAUGAACCCGUCCGGCCCGGGGGCCUUUUCAGAUUGAAGCCCCAUCACAACAUUCUUGAUUUCACUGUCAUCAAUCAAGUUGUCCAGCUUAGAUAACUCAAAAGGGGUGUACCCCAGAUGGUCCCAAUGGACAGCACUGCUUCUCCUACCUGUCGUGCCUAGCACCUGGCUAAAGUGAUGCUGGACCUCGUUCAUUUUGUCUUCCUGACUCGUCAGCAGUGUGUCAUCACUCAUUAAUGAUCUGAUUAAAUUUUUCCGUCUUCUGUUAUUGGCUGUCAUGUGAAAGAACUUAGUGUUAGCAUCGCCCAACCGCAUCCAAGUGAGCCUGGAGUGUUGUCUUGCUCGUGCCCUCUGUGCGAAGGCCAUAUCAAGAAUCUUGGUUUUAAGAGACCUCCUGAAUUCCAAUUCUUCAAAGGAUAGUUGUCUAAUCUCUUGCGCUUUUUCCAGGAGAGUGAGGAUGAUCUGAAUGAUGGCCAUCUGCACUUUGAAGUUGCCAACAGUGUUGCGCCUCCAGACCAAAAGAGCCUUGGUUGUGCGAGACAUCCUUACAUGAAGUCGAAGGAUGGCAUCAUCAGUGUUCACUGUAGAGUUCCAUGCUUGAUUGACUACCUCAUUGAACCCCUCAAUCCGAGGCCAAAAAGAUUCGAAUCUGAACCCAUGGUAUGGGGAACCCAAAGAGUGGCUUUGCAUUAUAAGAGGGCAGUGGUCCGACGUCAUGGUGCACAUGGAGCGAAGGUCAGCCGAGGGGAAUAGGUCGUGCCACUCUGUUGUCGCUAAGAAUCUGUCAAUCUUAGUCAUGGUUGGGUUAAGUUGUUCAUUUGACCAGGUGAAUGCUCUAUCGGUGAGCUCUAGCUCUAAGAGGUGCAGAUCAUCAAUCGUGUUAUUAAAUUGUCUCAUGACUCUUCUGUUGAUUGACCCUUUGUUUUUCUCCCUUGCUCUCCUGAUCAUGUUGAAGUCACCUAGUAAUACCCAUUCUGGUUUGACCACGGUUUGGAUGUUAUGGAGUUCAGAAAGGAAAAUCAUUUUUUCAUUGUCCAGCUGGGGCCCGUAAACCCCCGUGAGGUCCCAAACCUCCUCAUGUGAUCUAGAGCUGAUCCUGACUGAUAGAGAAUAUGCUGCUGAACAUGGUAAGAGAGCCAUGUCAAAGAAAUCUGAAUCAGCUGCGAUAAGGAUGCCGCCCGAGGCGCCCAGAGAAGGCAAGUGAAAAGAUUGAUUAGCAAGCUUGGCGCCUACAGUUUCCUUUAAUAAAACAUUGGACCAAUUCGAGAUCUUUGUCUCUUGUAGUCAAACAAUGGAAGCACCGGUGGACAGAAUUUGUAUGUCUAACACUUUCUCUCUUCGCGUGGUCAUUUAGCCCCCGAACAUUCCAAGAAAAAUAGCACAUUUUUUAUUCAUAAGGUAAAAACUACCACUCCACUUAAAACAGCAUGCUGCCACCACACAUGAAUCAGCAGGAGAGCCUGUUGUAAUAACCUAACAGGAGGUAGAACCUUCAAACAAGGGUUCGCCGAGCAAAAACACAGUCCGACCCCAACCGACAACCUGAAAGUACAACAGAGAUACACAGGCAUGCUGGGGGACCUAAACCAGUGCCCAGAAGCAAUAACGCCAGCAGAGAUACAACCGCUCUGAGAGAGCCUGACCAUCUGAGAACACAUUGGUCACUUGUUAUCUAUCACUGCAAAACUGCAUUAUGUAACACUUGUUGCUAGUGUGGUCAUAUUCCAGCUAGUUGUCUUGUUUUCUGUCCUUGAACCUCUCUGUAUUACUAUUUAUUUCCGUUAUAAUGUUAAUGGAAAAUGGGUUCAGCCUCGAUUCCGAAAAGAAAAUUGGUAUAUGUGUGCAUCCUCCACUCUGCAUCAGCAUCCAUUUUAGUUCUCAUCUGUUUUGACCCCCCGGUCGGUGCAAAUAUAUGUUGGUCAUGCAUGCAGUGCUGCUGUGGCUGCUGGUGGCGGUGAGCGUGAAGCUGGGGCGGCCGCACCUGGCGCGGAGAGCCGUGGAGCUGAUGGAGCAGCGGCUGGCCAAGGACGACUUCCCCGAGUACUACGACGGCAAGGCCGGGCGGUACGUGGGGAAGCAGGCGCGCAAGUUCCAGACGUGGUCCGUGGCCGGCUACCUGGUGGCCAAGAUGCUCCUGGACGACCCCUCUCACCUGCGAAUCGUGGCGCUGGAGGGCGACAGCCACUCCAGGGCCCCCUUCCUCAAGCGCUCCAACUCGUGCCCAUGACCCCCAGGCCCCAGCACAGCACAGGCCGCAUGCAUUACCUUUCCACGCACCAGUUUGCCCACACCGAGACUACGAGAGUAAAAAGUUUCGUUUCGAUGCAGUGCAUUCUUCUUACUACAUAAGUAUGUAUAAUCAAGCGGUAGUAGUGUGAUGUGCUACCAAGAGGAGGAUGACAGGGACAGGAUACCGAGUAUGUAUGUACUGUCUCCAUUUGCCAGAUCAGAUGCCACUAAACUGGUUAACAUUUUGGAAUGUCAGGGGCUCACGGCUAGCAAUGCGUCUGGUAGCUGAGGAAAUGUAAAAACUCCAUGUGCUGAUA